GCUCCCACUCGCCACAACCAGAGAAAACCUGUGCGCAGCAACGAAGACCCAAUGCAGCCAAAAAAAAAAGUCUGUAACCUUGGAAGUUUUGAACUUAGCUCAUGGAAUCCUAGUACCUGGCACUGAGAACAUGUUGUACAACCUCCAUAUGUGACAGAUAGGGAGCUGAGAGUGCAAGGGUCUUGUCCAUCAGGGUCUUUGGGAGUUUGACAACAGAUGUUUUAAAAAGUAUGGAAAAAUGUGGGGGCUUUUGGUCCAGUGGGAAUUAUGAAAAAUGCCGUCUCUCUGUCUGAGGAUGAACAAUGGAAGAGAAUACGAACGUUGCUGUCUCCAGCCUUCACCAGCGGAAAGCUCAAGGAGAUGUUCCCCAUCAUUAGCCAGAUUGGAGACAUGUUGGUGAGGAACCUGAAGAAGGAAGCAGAGAAAGGCAAGCCCAUCAGCAUGAAAGACUUCUUUGGGGCCUACAGCAUGGAUGUGAUUACUGGCAUAGCAUUUGGAGUGAACAUUGAUUCCCUCAACAACCCACAAGAUCCCUUUGUGGAAUAUAGCAAGAAGAUCUUAAAAUUUAAUCUCCUCUCUCCAUUACUUCUCUCAAUAGUAUUCUUUCCAUUCCUCACCCCAGUCUUGGAAGCAUUAAAUAUUACUCUGUUUCCAAAAAGUUCUUUGAAUUUUUUAACAAAGUCUGUAAAAAGGAUAAAAGAGAGUCGCCUCAAAGAUAAACAAACGCAUCGAGUGGAUUUUCUUCAGCUGAUGAUUAACUCCCAGAAUUCCAAAGAAACUGACACCCAUAAAGUUCUGUCUGACACAGAACUCAUGGCCCAAAGUAUUAUCUUUAUUUUUGCUGGCUACGAGACCACUAGCAAUUCUCUUUCCUUCAUUAUAUAUGAAUUGGCCACUCACCCUGAUGUCCAGCAAAAGCUGCAGGAGGAGAUUGAUGCAACUUUCCCCAAUAAGGCACCUCCCACCUACGAGGCUCUGGUACAGAUGGAGUAUCUUGACAUGGUGUUGAAUGAAACUCUCAGAAUAUUCCCAAUUGCUGGUAGACUUGAGAGGGUCUGUAAGAAGGAUGUGGAAGUCAAUGGGGUGUUCAUUCCCAAAGGGACGACAGUGGUGGUGCCACUCUUCGUUCUUCACAACGACCCAGAGCUCUGGCCAGAGCCUGAGGAGUUCCGUCCUGAAAGGUUCAGUAAGAAGAACAAGGACAGCAUAAAUCCUUACACAUACCUGCCUUUUGGAACUGGACCCCGAAACUGCAUUGGCAUGAGAUUUGUUAUCAUGAACAUGAAACUUGCUCUCGUCAGAAUCCUGCAGAACUUCUCCUUCAAACCUUGUAAAGAAACACAGAUCCCCCUGAAAUUGCUCACUCAAGGACUUACGCAAGUGGAAAAACCUGUUGUCCUAAAGGUUGUGUCAAGAGAUGCGACCAUAAGUGGAGCCUGACUUUCUCGAAGGACGUGGGCUUUGAUCUUCAAGGAAGCUGUAUCUGAGAACACCUGAGACUUUACUUACUUUGUGAUAAAACCAUUAAAUGAAGAUGGGCUUCACCUACUGCCCUUGAUGGAUGACUAGGUAUUCUGCCCAAUCAUUUAGCUUUCUCAUUGUCUAUGUGGAGUGUUAUAUAUUGCGUCAUAUAAAGGAGGUGACAAGUAAGUGCCGGAUACUCAACUUCAUGGGUUCUCCUAGGACCAUCUCCAUCCACCUCCAGUUAGUACCAUCUACUCCUCCUGAGCACUGAUCAGAACGAAAAUUUCUCAACAAACUCUAAUGAAAAUAAGAACGAUUGUGGUGACUGAAGUAGUGACAUUUAUCUCACAGAUUUUAUUUUGAAUAUUCUAAAUUAAAUAUUAUA